GAAAAAGACAUGGAUGACGACGAGCUCGAUGAUAAUCAACCAGAAGAAAGCAAAUACGUUGUAAUAAAAUGUGGACUUCAAACAAUCCUGCGACAACAACAUGAACGGAUUGAAAGAGUUGGAGAAGUUGUGACCAAAAUGCUAUUCGAGCGCAGUGUUCAAAUGACAGAAGUGGCAGCAUUGGCAUCACUUUCUAUUCUUUUUAUUUUGAAUGAAGCACUUGAUAAUGACGAUCGUGCAUUUUUUUUGCAACCACAUCCAAGACUGUUCAUUGCCGAUUGUUUCAGAGCGGUAUUAAACCAACACGUUAACAAUAUUAAUAGUCAAUAUCGGAUAUUGCCCGAGUUUCGUUUCAUGGUAGAAAGAAACAGUGAAGAACAGUUCCGAUGGCCAGAUGAUGAAAAGUUGGGAAAUGGUUUGAGAUAUUUUUAUAAACAAUAUAUCACAAACAUUCAAACCAAUACCAACACAUGGUGUGAAAAACGACUUGAGAAUUUUUUUCGAAUGCGUUGUUGGUAUCGCAAUCGAUUUAACAAUGGCUCAAGAUUUGAUAGCAUCGACAUCAGAAAUGCCAAAGAGUUUUCAUAUCGAUUUAAGAAUUUAACAAAUGGUAAUAAUGGUAAUAAUGUGGAUCCACAACGCGUUGAAAAAUUCAAUAUUUUAAUGAGAGAUUUGACUGAAAUCGGAUGGUCGGGAACAGUGAGUAUGAAAUUUUUCGCAAAAUAUCGUUGGUUUGAAUCACUGUGGUUGUUCGGUCAAAUGCAACGGCAAAUAGAAGUGUAUCACAGUCAUGCCGAACAAUGGAAUACCAUUCAUGAAAUGUUUCGUAACAAUCCGAACUUUCAAGAGCCAACAAUCAAUCGACCACCAAAAAUAAGCAGUUUUGCUCUUAUACCAUUAUGCGACUACCAUUUGAAAAACGUGCGAUUGGACAUUAAGGACUUGUAUAAUAAAAUUGUAAACGAGCUUGAUUUGGUGCCUUCUUUUCUCAAUACGCGGACCAACCGGAUGAAUAAGAGAAAUUUAAAGUACUACACCCAAACUGAUCGAUCAGGUCUAUGGAAUAUGUUGUUCGAUGUCGGUAAAAUAAAUAAAUUGGGCAAAUCGAAAUCAUUCCAUCAUCAGAUUUUGACCGAUAGUGUUUCAAUAUCCAUAAUGUACAAGAAACCACAGCGACAACAACGACCACAGCGACAACAACGACCACAGCGACAACAACGACCACAGCAAACAACCCAAGCGAAUCGGGGGCCGGAAAAACUCAUUGGCAAGAAAUACAUCAUUGGAAUCGAUCCGAAUGAAAAAUCGUGGUUAUCUGUAGUGCGUCGCAACAUUCAAAAAACACCUGAUGAGCCGGCUGUUGAGGAAAACAUUAUAAUACCAAACCAGCGUUUUCAUUGGGAAACUCAGCAGAAAAAACGAGACAAAGAAGCGAAAAAGUUGGCUGGAUGGUUUGAUAUCGAAGAGAAGGAACAUCUCAAAACAUACCCAUAUCGUCCACCAUCACCACGUAAUUCAACAUGGAAAUCAUACAUUGAAUAUCGCAUUAAAAUGUUACGAAAAGGAAUGGCAGCUUAUGCGACGCGUGAAUAUGCACGACUGGAUUUAGACCAUCACAUUCGCUCGACCAGAGUAAAUGAUCAAAUCGCCGUGUGUGUGACAAACAACAAACCGUCGUUGGUUCAAUUUGGUGCUUGGGCGAUGAAACCCGAUCGACCGUUUGGAAUAAAAAAGCGUAAAAGAUGUCCGGGAUCGCGUAAGUUUCGUGUGAGCAUUAAGAAACUUGGACAUUCAGAAGUUGAAAUGCAAGAUGAAUGGGGAACAUCACAAACAUGCGCGAAUUGUCAGGAACGUUUUCUAAGGCACACAAAAGAUGAUCGAUUUAAAGUGUGCUACGAUUGUAGAGCGAAAAAGAUUGAUGGCCUGCCAGAUUCAGUCGCUGGACUGCCAGAUAUCAUUGUGUCAACGGUCAACAGACGUGUUUUGAGAAGAAAACGUGCAAUUAUUAAGCGACAAAUUAUCGAUGGCAAUCGUGAGGCUGUGAACGAAAAACUUCGGACUGGGCGUUUAAUGUCAAAGGUUAAAGUUACCUACAAAAAUUGGCCAUUAAAUGUUGAUGAUGAUGAUGUUGUUCCACAAACAGUUACUUGGCACCGAGAUAUUGUUGCAGCAAAAUGCAUUAUGCUCAAAGGUAUGAAUCAAUUGGAAACAGAAUAUUCAUUAUUUAAUGUAUUUGCUUUAAAUUACAUAGGACUUUGCCGGAUCUUUGAUGUACCAUUGCCAGUUUCAUUGUUAAGACCGCCGGACCAAAACAACAAUGUCAACUAACAAACAUCAUCAAUUAAUCAUACAUUCAAAAAAUUACAUAAAAUAAAAUAUUUUAACUAUUAUAGUUAGCGUAGCUAGACAUGAACAGGCUAUAUAAAGUCUUGUGGUCUAGUUGUACAAUAGUACAACAUUGUACGGAGGGAGAG